AGGCAUCAUUGUGUUCCUGGAUAGCCAGGCACAGGAUGCCCGAUUGAAAUCAGGGACCGAUGCAGUCUCAGCCAAGGCACAGCAGCAGCAGGGCUUUCGACGGUCAGGACAGGUUUGAGGAGCUAGCUUGCUGCUACUACUCGGAACGCGUGCAUGGAACCCUUGGAAUAAGAGCUCUAACCGUGGAUGCAAGGCAUUAUUAUUAUUAUCGACAAUGCAUUAUUGUCGCGUCGCGCUGCUAAUAUUGAUCUGCGCUAUGCAGAAUCCACUUCCUCUCCGGCUGUCUUCCCGUAAUCCGGAAUGCAGGCGCGCAUCCUCGCGGACGAAAGCUCUCUAGCUGUUCGGCAUCUCACGGAAGAAGCUGCUGGCAGUAGGGCUGGGCCAGGGUGGGAAACGGCUGAAACCCAAUCAAGACAUGCCGAUUCUGUUCUCGGAAACAGAUUCCAUGGAUAGCGAAGCUGCGCCUGCUUGUUGUCGCCAAUAAUCGUGCUGCCGUCGCGCUAUCCUAUGCUGGUGCAGCGUAGAUAGAUCUGUCUGCGGAUCAUCAUUUAUGCAUCGACGUCACAGGCUGGCAGACCCUCAAAACCUCCAUCUCAUCCACCCUUCUCUCUUCCAUUGUCAUCCGUAACUCUCGGCUUUUCUUCCAAUCUUGCCUCUUCAUACUCUUGAUUCUGUCCCAGGUCCGCCACUCAUUCUCUACGGAGCUUCGUCUCCGUCCACCACUACCAUGUCUCACUGGGCCUUUCUUCCCCACAUUCCAUAUCCUGCCGCAAAAACAGGGUACUGGAGUCCUGUCACGUCGACCUUGAACUGGUGCGAAGAGGAUUACUAUGCCACCAUCUACUCCGCCGAGAUCGUCAACGCCCUAACAAAUCUGAUGUUCGUAUGGCUUGGAGUCAAGGGCCUCAUCAGUUGUAUACGCAAUAAACAUGAUUCGAUCUUUCUCGUUGCAUACAUCGGAUACCUGGUUGUCGGGAUAGGAAGCUUUCUCUUCCACUCGACCCUUAAAUACCCAAUGCAGCUCGUUGACGAGCUUUCUAUGAUCUAUACAACGUGCUUGAUGUGUUACGCUUCAUUCUCUUAUGCGAGACCGACUGGCGUCCGGGUCUUCCUGGGCAUUUUCCUAACCGGCUUGGCCGUCUUCAUCACUCUCUACUACCAUUACCUCCAGGACCCCGUCUUCCAUCAGAAUGCGUACGCCAUACUGACUACAAUUGUGAUCCUGCGGAGCAUGUACACCAUGGAGAAAACGCUCCGUCCGAAAUGGCGAUACACGCGCGAGGAGGACCGAUUGGAACGAGAAAAGAAAGGACUCCCCAUCCCGACGAAGGAAAGGCAGCAUUACGAAAAUGAGCGGGACCUGAAGAUACUGAACACCAUGUGGUUCAUGGUUAUCUAUGGAAUAUCCGUGUUUCUCGGUGGCUUUUUUAUCUGGACUCUGGACAAUGUCUUUUGCACGAGGCUCCGUGGAUGGCGGAGAGCAGUCGGACUUCCGUGGGGUAUACUUCUGGAAGGACAUGGCUGGUGGCACCUAAUGACCGGACUUGGCGCGUACAUGUACAUCAUCUGGGGUAUCUGGCUUCGCCAUUGCCUAAACAAUCGACAGGAAGAAUAUUACCUGUCGUGGUCGCGCUUCUGGAAUUUCCCGGAAAUCCUCCGCACUCCUCCCGCUACUAACGGGAAUGGGUGGACCAAGAAGCUAACCUGAGUUGGUUUGUUCUUUAUCUCUAUGGAGUUUACUAUCAUUAUUGCGCAGAGACAUGACGUCAGCCUAUUAUAUAUAUCUUCAGCGACAACGACCUAGCUGGCUCGAAAUACUACACCUCAACCCAUUCAAUGUUUAUUCAUAGAGAUAUCAUAUGAUAUCACAGAUAAUUGAAUAGAGAGUUGCCCAUGCAUGCUUGGCUACCUUUAUUAUGGCCAGUAGUCAGUGUUUUGAGAAAAAGCAGACAGACCAAAGAUGUGGAUAUGUGGAUACCUAAAGGGAUUUGCAGCGGCGUGUACCGUCUUACUGCGAUGGCGCCCCUUUCUAGUCUAAUCAAAGAAUGAUAUGGACACAGUGCUCUACUUUCCCAUUCCCAUCACCUAUUCUGCAUCCAUCUCGAGACUCGGACCGGACCAUUUCUUCCUACCCCGCAAAGACCAAUCCACGACGGAAAAUAUCACGACAGCCCCGAAGACCAGCGAGGCAUAGUUCAUAUUGGCGGCAGUGACAGGCAUCUGUGCCGGAAAAGGGAGGAAUAUGGAGAUGUAAAUGAUAAACGCGAUUGAGAUGAGGUUCAAAGGGAGACCCCAUUUCCCUAGAGACCAUGGCCCCCAUUCGAUGGGAACACGCAUCCGUUGCCACACAAGGCAGACAAGAGGGAUGAGAUACGAGAUGUAAAAGAAUAAUCUGAAUGGCAACUGUCAAG